AGCGGUGUGUUUUCUGCAGGACUGAAGGGUAACUGGGAUUGUUGAUGUUGAGUUGGCGUUUUGGAUGAAGAGCCGGAGAGAGUCCAGUUUCUGUUACAUUUAAGAGUUUAAACUGAAGGGCUUUUAAUCCAGUGCCAUGACUGUACGCAGAGUGAAUGUGGUUAUUCUUGUGCUGCUUGUUGUUGCCUUUUUAAUCGUUUUGCAUCGAAAUCUGCUGAAUCUCAACGAUUUCCUGAACCAAGAGACUUCAGACACAGUGCCUGGGAUGAUUUUGCCUUUUGAGACGGACUUUCUGUUGGGUCGUAAAGCCAUGAGAUCAGGAGAAGAGAUUCCUGUGCUCAUUACGGCUCCAGAGGAGAGACUGGGAGCUGCAGUCACCGCCAUGAACAGCAUCUACCGCAACAGCAAAGCUAAUGUCGUCUUCAACAUAGUGACUCUAAAUGAGUCUGUGGUCCAUCUUAGUACAUGGUUAAGCAAGACUGACUUGAAACACAAAAUUAUCGUCUUCGAUCCAUCGAUCCUCUUGGGAAAGAUUCCUACUGAUGCUCAGAAGAUGGAGACCGUGAGGCCGUUGACGUUUGCCAGAUUCUACAUGCCAGCUUUCUUACCAGAUGCAGAAAAGGCUAUAUACCUAGAUGAUGACGUGAUUGUACAAGGGGACAUUCGGGAGCUGUUUAACACCAGUCUUAAGUCGGGUCACGUUGCAGCUUUCUCAGAGGACUGUGACUCUGCUUCCUCUAAAGGGAUCGUCAGAGGAGCCGGAAAUCAGAACAGCUACAUUGGUUAUCUGGACUUUAAGAAGGAAGCGAUUAAGAAGCUUGGAAUGAGAGCAAACACUUGCUCCUUCAAUCCUGGAGUCUUCGUGGCCAAUUUAACCGAGUGGAAGCAGCAGAACGUCACCAGUCAGCUUGAGUUCUGGAUGGAGCGCAAUGCUAAAGAGGACCUUUACAGUAAAACUUUAGCCGACAGCAUGACAACACCACCAAUGCUUAUUGUAUUCUACAAGCACCACUCGAACAUUGACCCAAUGUGGAACGUCCGCCAUUUGGGAGCGACAGGAGCAGGGAACCGCUAUUCAGCUCAGUUUGUGAAGGCUGCAAAACUCCUCCAUUGGAACGGGCAUUAUAAGCCGUGGGGAAGAACCUCCUCUUUUUCUGACAUUUGGGACAAAUGGUACAUUCCAGAUCCCACAGGUAAAUUCCAUCCAAUAAGGAAACACGUCGAGGAAAAAUAGGGGAUUGGACUUCAUGUUUUGUUUAUCAAAGGACUUUCUGACACAGAACUGUCUGGAUGAAAACUACAGAAAAGCCUUAAUGUUUUUCAGACCUUCUUAAAACCAAUGAGUAAGUUAUCGGGACCAACAAUUGAACAGAAAAACAGCCAACGUUCUACACCAGUGCACUACCUCAGCGUUCACGGUCCAGUUUUAAAGUACUAAUAACACUAACCCAUC